AUGUACAAAGGUUGGCCGUUUAGUGACUGGGGCUUGAGUAUCAAUGUUCCCGCGACGAUCCAGAAGAGACUGCUUAAAUUCUUACUCAAAAGGGCAUUAGGUCAAUUUUUAGCUGAGGAGCUAGACCUUGAUAAUCUUGAAGUUCAACUGGGCAAUGGGCUGAUUCAGUUAAAAGAACUACAACUCAAUGUAGAGGUUUUAAAUGAUCUCAUCGCUAAUUUACCAGUCGUAAUCGUCGACGGCCGAAUAGGUGGAAUCGUCGCAAAAAUUCCGUGGAAAAAUAUUUGGAAUUGUGAUUGCGUUUUAGAGAUUCAUAAUUUGCAGAUCACCGCCGUUCCUGAGCAUGUCAAACCAAGAAACGCAAAAGCUUCUCCUGAAGAUUCUCACAUACUUUCUUCUUCUAUUCAUUUUGCUGGAGAUUUCCUUCGUCAUGAAAUACCUCCUGAUGAGGACGAAGAACUUCGUAAUUCUAUUUCUCAAUCAGUUCAUGGGAGUACAAUGUUUCAACAGGAUGGUUAUGAUUUAAGUGGGGGACUGGAACAAUCGGAAACUUUAAGUCAACAAACUCCUGUACAAGGAGACACUGGUAUUGAAGGCAUCCAGAUUUUGGCAAGAUUAAUUGAUAAGCUCAUGUCGAAUGUAAAAAUAAUUUUUAAAGAUACUUGUAUUCGACUAUCUCACCAUUCUUCAGUUUCUCCUAAUAAAAACUUAAAUAACGUUGGGUGUUCUAAAGAAUAUUGCCUUGAUUUAGAGAUACCAAUUAUUUCUUUUAGAGAUGAAACACCUGGAUUAGAGGAUGAAUCAGCCCAAUCAAACACUUCUGGUUCUGCAAGUGUAACAUUACCGCCUGCGCUUUCCGAAACAGUAAAGUCAAUUACUGUUUCUGGGUUAAGUGUUUGGAUCAGAGAAGCGUUGUCUGAAUUAAAUCCAACCGAUAAUCAAAAAAUUCCAGAAGAAAACGUUUUUGAAUCUUCAAAUAGAACAAAAGACUAUAAUAUUCAAAACGAUGAAUUAUUACCCCAGAAACUUUAUGAGGCGAUGAUUCUUUCGUGUCCUGAAGAGGAUAAUAGGAUUAGAGUCACAUUGCGUCCGGAUGCUCCUCCAGCAAUUCAAAUUGAUCUUAACAACCCUUCAUCUUCAUAUCAUUACACACAAGAAGCUAUACAGCAAGCAAAUAGUACACAAUCAUUCAUAGUUGAGGGAUCAAUUAAAUCAAUAAUUUCUGUAUUGACUCCGAGCCAAAUGGCAUGGAUUAUUGAUUUAUUUCAUCCUUCGACUGUUCCCAACUCAUUCCCCGCCAUGACGAGUCCACAAAUUAACCCCACAAUAUCUUCUGGUGUAUCUAACAUAAAAUUUCAACUCGAAACACCUUUAAUUGAGUUGUUUUUAUUAUACCACGAUUCAUUACCUGAUUUUGACAUUGGACGAAAAUUUUUUGACACUCGAUCUAUUGAACAUUUAAAUAUGGAUCAUCUGAAAUUUAACAUUCACAAUUUAGCUUGCCAGAUUGAACGUCGGGAUCCGGAUGCAUUAUCAUUGGAUAAGAGGCGGAAUAGCAGUUCAUCAAUUGGAAGCCAUUCAUCGGGAUUUCAAAAGAGUCCAGAAGCUGAUGAUGUCUUAUGUUUCGCAAUGGAUAUUGCAAUUUCGCAAUUUUCAGUAUCUGAAUGGUUGAAAAACCCGUUAACUGCAAAUUCAAAAACUAAGUUGGGUACACUGAAACCUGAAUCCACACUUCCUGCUUUUGACAAGUAUACCCAAAUUUUAUAUUUUGAUCCGCAUCUUUUGAACUCUUACAAUCCCGAAGAAACAGAGUUUCCUAGUUUCCCUGUAAACAAAAAUAUAGAUAAAAAUAUUUUGAGAAAAUCUGAUAAAAGAAGUUCUAAAUUUAGUUUCAUUGGGAAUGAUUCUUCAAAAGAGGUCAUCAAAAUAAAAUUAAAGAGCGGUGAUGCCUCAACUGAAGGUAUAACACUCAAAUCUUUAAUAUUUCCAUUUUAUAUUUAUUCUAAUUUUGUGCCAAUUCUAAGUUGUGUUAAUUCUAAUUUUGUGUUAAUUCUAUUAGGAUCGUUGUCAAAUUCUGGCGUACACAAUGCCAAUACCUCCAAUAUCAUUGUAGAACUUGAACCGUUCCAUAUGCACAUUGAUCUCAGAAUAGUUGAUCGAUUAGAAAAUUAUAUAAAUGUACUUUCUACAAGUGCAAGAGACACUGGUUCAUUUACAGAAGCGGAAACUUCAGCGACACAUACUUUUACUGAACAAUCCUCCAGUCAACUUAUAAUUGAUGAUCUUGACACGCGAAGAAUGCAUGAGAAUGCUUCUGUCCAAAAAUUACGUCUUGCAGUUAAUUGCCAGCUGAUUCGUCUUUGGCUUCAUUGUCCAGAUAUUGGCAACAGGAAUACGCCGAGCAUAGUGGAUAAUUAUAUUAUCCAUUCAAAUUUACUCAUUGCAGAUAUAAUUAAUAUUAAUGUUUCUACUGUCAAUGCACUUCAAAAUGAGUCGCUUUUUUCUUCAAGUUUCGGCAUGCAACAACAUAAUGAACCAGUUGGAAACAUAGUUGAUCCACAACAAAAUAGGAUUAAGGUUGAGUGUAAUGGCAUUAACGUCUUUAUUAAAGAACACCAAGCGCCAGACGCGAAGUGUUUCCUUGCAGUAAAGGCUGUAAAAAUGCUAUCAGCACAUCAUCGAUCUGUAACACAGGCUAUUACUGUAUUUCCUAAUUGCGAAAUCACAUACCGGCCUGCUAGCGCAGUGGCAAACAAAAUGUCAUAUAUAGGAAAUGGUAUUCGAUCAUCACCUUUCUCACAGACAUUUACUACAUUUGAAGAAGAACGGACUAAUUGGCCUGUUGAAAAUGAAGAAGAGGAGAUUUUAAUGUUUAAACAGAGAACAAUUGAAAGCUCACUUUUUGUCAUAAAUUGUAAUUUUCCUUUAAUACGUGUGCGUUUAACUAAAUCAAUAUUUGACAAAUUUCAAAUACUGCUAAAUGAUUUAUCAAUUUGGCAACCUAAGAAUAAUAAUUCUGGCAACAAUGAAAUUUCAUCCACACCACCGAUCGCUCAUGUAAAUGUGAUGGGUGGAUAUGAGGCAAAAUCUCACCAAGAUAAAACAUAUGGAAUUGACUCGCAUGAAUCCGAAGAUUCUGAAAUAAAAAGGAGGCUUGAGGCCUCUAUUCUAGGGUCUCGCAUGGAUGACACAUUACCUUUAAGGCCAAGUCUCGCAUCAUUGGUUGUUUUUAUAACUAAUGUCGAAGUUAUCAUAUUACAUGAGACAGAGAAAAAAAUUGAUCAUACACAGUCAAUACGUUCAUAUCAACUUAACAUGUCAGAUUUUAGGUUCUUUAUGGUAGUCAAACAUGAAGGCAAAAAUGACACGUAUGUAGUCUUGGAUAAUGACCAAUUUAAUUUUUGGGAUACUUCCAGCCGUGAAAAGACACAGAUAUUAUGUCAAACAUUAAAUAAGAAUGUUAAGGCAAAGAAUACCCGUCCCAUGAUUUCUCUAAUCGCGCUUAUUUCGCUUGAUAUUGAUGUGAAUACGAAAGAAACAAAUUUGACUUUAUCAAUAAACAAUGUGUCCUUAGGGCAUAAUAAAAGUUCACUAUGGAUCGAAGAUAUGCUUGCAUUUUUGCAAGAGCCUGAGAUGGAGCCAUGCUUGGAUCUUCCUAAUCAAUAUACUAAGUUGUUCGUCACUGUUAACGAUUCUUCAAUUGACUACAAUCCUUACGAUAAUGCAGGAAGAAUUAUUAUUGUAUUUGAUAAUCUGAAGGCAUCAAGCAUCAUAACCGAUUCACCAAUGUUUAAAGCCAAAUUAAUCGUUCAAAAUUUAGAUUUAAUGCUUGUUGACGAUGUAAAAACGCUUAAUGAACGUCGAUUAGGUUCAUUACCUUUAAGUGCGAAAAAGUAUUGGGAGUCUGUAGGUUUUGUAAAAGCCGCAUCUUUAGAUUUUGCCGAAAUUAUACUGCAGACUAAUAAAGGAGAAAUAUAUCCACAUCUAUAUCUUGAACUUACAAACGAAAACCUCACGAUCGAGACAUGCGUAGAUACUCUUCAGACACUGAUUAGCCUAUUAACGCCUAAAGCAGAAACUCCAGAAAGAGGAAUAGGACAAAGAAUUCAUCAUGUGACUACCAAUGCAAAAGAUGACUACAACGAAAACUCUUACGAGUCUGAUUAUCAGAAUAUGUUAGCGAGUCUUGAUGAAGAAGCUUUCAAGCGACCACAGCAAAGGCCAUUAAAACCCAAAAUAUCUGGUAGCAGUUCUAAUUCUAAUUUGGAAUUUCGGGAAGAUUUCUAUGCAAUCGAGGAAAAUGAUGAAAUACCCGAAUCAGAUAUUCACUUUGUUGAGAAUGCGAUCGUGUUCGACGAUUUCAGUGAUGAUUUCAUGGUAGACCAGUCAUUGCAUGCCGUUUCAACGUCAAGUUCUCAACAAACUGUUACAAAGGAUUCAGUUAUAAUACCUCAAGAUGACGAAGAUUACUCACUAGAUUUAGAGCCUCUUAACUUUAUAGAGGAUCACUUCUCUGUUCCGAGUGCAAGUGAACUCGAGGAAGUAAGACAAGAUCUACCAAAUAGUUUAACAAGAAUCCGCCUUCGUGAUUUUAACAUAUUGUGGAAGCUAUAUGACGGCUUUGACUGGAAACAAACCAGAAAUCAAGCCUCUGAAGCAUUUGCGCAUGCAAAAAAUUCAACUAGUUCUUCUGCAGAUGAAACACGUAAUCCAAUGGGCCCAGAAUUAUCCAAUCCAUUUGAUCAUUUGUUGUUUGUAGAUUCUCCGUUUAAGAAUCCUGAUCAUAAUGGAUUGUCACAACUAGCAUCUGAAUUUGAGUAUAUGACAGAUGACCACAGCGAUACCUCUAGUCAAGCUUCGCGAGUUGAUUCAGAUAAUUCAAGUGUUCGAGAUGGUAAACGAUCUGAACAAAAAAAUCGAUCAUCUCGACCAAAGUUCAGCCGUUCAAAAACAAGCAAACUUGACAUUAAAUUUGAUAAGAUUAAUUUAGAAUUUGACUUGUUUCCUAAAGAUAAUUUGUUAGCUUCACGAUUACUGUUGCUUAUUAGAGAUCUAGAAAUUCUCGACAACAUUAAAACAUCUGCAUGGCAUAAGUUCUUGUCCCACUUACGUCCAGACAAUGAUACAAAUCCUCGUGAAAAUAAAUCUAAUAUGGUUAAAAUAGAGUUAAAGAGCGUUCGUCCUGUACCAACUGAUCCUGCUGAAGAGUAUAGACUAAAGGCUAAAUUUUUACCGUUAAGAUUUUACAUUGACCAGGAUGCACUAAAUUUUGUGAUUAAGUUUUUCUCCUACAAAAAUCCUACUAACGAUGUUUCUCACCAACAUUCUGAAGACGAGACAUAUUUCCAACUCUUCGAAAUUCAACCUGUUGUAAUGAAAUUGGAUUAUAAACCAAAACAUAUUGAUUAUUCUAGUUUAAAAGAAGGCAAUCUAGUUGAGUUGAUGAAUAUUUUUCAUCUUGAAGCUGCGGAAAUGACGUUGCAUGGCCUUAAAUUAACAGGGGUUAAAGGUGUAUCGCGCUUACUUGAAGACCUAGGCGCUGCAUGGCUACCGCAUAUAACUAGCACUCAAGUACCUAAUAUUGUGUCUGGUGUUGCUCCAAUACGAUCUUUGGUAAACAUAGGCUCAGGAGUUGCAGAUCUUAUUCUACUACCAAUUGAACAAUACAAGAAGGAUGGAAGGAUCAUUAAAGGUCUUCAGAGAGGAACGCAAUCUUUCGCAAAGGCUACCACCAUGGAAGCAAUUAAAUAUGGUACCAAACUUGCUGUUGGAACUCAAAUAUUACUUGAACAUGCAGAAGAAAUACUUUCUUUUGAGAGCCAACCUGGAACUAGCAAUGAUAACAACUCGAAUAUGUAUAAUGAAGAGUUUGAUAGUGAUGAAGAAGGUAAAAAGAAAUUUAUCAGCAAAUAUGCUAAUCAACCCGCAGAUUUAAAUGAAGGGCUAGAGAUUGGUUUUAAAAGUUUGAGGCAAAAUAUCGGUACUGCAGCGCACACAAUUUUUGCUGUGCCAAUGGAGGUAUAUGAAAAGACUGGAACUCAAGGAACAGUGAAAGCUGUAAUUCGUGCAGUUCCGGUUGCUGUAUUAAAACCAAUGAUUGGAGCCACUGAAGCGGUAUCCAAAGGUCUACUUGGUUUAAGAAACACGAUAGAUCCAAACAAGAAACUGCAAAAUGAAGAUAAAUAUAAAAGUUAA